ACCAUAUACUGUAAGCGAGAUGGCGGUGACGGCACGCCCAGACUCCACCGCAUGUCCUGACUUCACUGUGUGUUUGGCGGCUACGUGGCGUGUGACUGCCAAAUGUGCAUUACCCCAUACCUAUUCCCUAUACUUAUAUCUAUCGACAAAUUGAAUAUUUCAGGUCUAUUUCCGGAAUAGACUUCAACGGCCUCUUUGUGUCAGCACCCGUCUUACCACCACCACCUCCACCAUUGGCACUCGUGACUGUCAUGGAAUGGCCCUGGUAAAACGUAUGGUUCCCUUUAACUAUGGGUUUAGACAAUUUCGAUCUUUUCAUUGAAAUGAGCGAAAAACUCCAUCCAUGGAACAUUGGGGGGUUUAAGUAGUAUCUUGUCAGGCACCCACUCUAGCCGAGAACAAUCAGUCGUGUUUCUUAGGUAAUUUAAAUCGGACAAUUAGGUCAUUAUGCGGUUUAAGCAGAGAAUUUUGAGAUAGGAAAUAAUGUUUCCUAAUCAAUUAAUUACCUGCAUCUGACCAAUAGUUAUUGUUUGAUUCUGUUUUAUAUUACAUACGACGUGGAGCUUGUGAAAUUCGACCGGCAGAAGCUACGUUUGGCGGAGUGCAGAACAAAGCAUACAAUUUACAAAGGGGAGAUUCUGUACACAAGUUCUGACCCAUUCACCCACGGUGCUGAUCCUUGGCCCCGCUGGUGUUGACCCAUACACCCACGGAAGCUGACCCAUACACCCACGGAAGCUGACCAAUAAACCCACCGAAGUUGACCCGUGACCGCCCAUACCCCGUUAGAUUAUGCAUGCUUCAGUAGUCGCAGAGAAGGUGCCGAUCGUCUACCAAUUGUGUGCCGCGAAACCAUCGCACUUUCAACACUUCACCCACCAUGAGUUUGCUCACCCGCACGCGCCUAUCCCUACAGGCCUGGGAGGCCACUCGGUACGCUGCCGGUAACGUGCGGUGCGUCUCUUCCACUCCGACGCCCGUGCGAUUGCGGUUCUUCACCAAAGACAACUGUAUGCUCUGCCACACUGCCAAACAGACCAUGAACAACGCAGUAGAUGCCACCAUGGCACCGGUGACAGUGGAAAUAGUUGACAUCACCCACCACGAUAACACCGAGUGGUGGGACAAGUACUGCUACGACAUUCCGGUGCUCCAUGUCGAAGGUGGCGCCAAGUCGGUUAUUUUCAUGCACAAGCUCUUUAAAAACAAGAUUCUUGAGGCCAUAGACGAGGUGCAAAAUGGGAGCAAUAGCUCCCCUCUUUAAUGUUCCAAAGCUACUGGUGACUAAUAAAUAGAAUACCCGACGGCAAAUAAACAACUGCUCCACCCAUCAACACCCUGGGAGGUGCGAAUCACGUGACUAC